UCUUUCUCUCUCAGCCCUCCAGCCAAAGGAGAGGGAUGUCACAGCUGAAAGAAAGCCAGUCCUCCUCGCUCUGCAUGAAAAACAAGCAGUGCGCGACCAUUCUUCACGCUUACGCACCGGGUAUUUACUUCUUUUACGCGCCGUCUGGAGACAAAUUGAUCCAGUUUUGGGCCUGUUGACUAUUUGUUAUCUGUCAUCUCUCCGUUGGUGGUAAUAAUGCUUCCCAGCCCGAUCAUAACUUCUUCCACCACGCCUUUUUCUGUGAAGGACAUUCUGAAGUUAGAGUUGCAGCAACAAUCUCAGCAGCACCAGCUCCAGUUUAUCUCCUGCUUCGGUUUGUCUGGCGGGCUGUCACAGCCGGGAGCUUUCCCAAAUAAACCCUUCCGUUCGCAUUCUCCGCCCUCCUGCAUGUUGGCCGGUAGGGACAGUCCAAGUCCGAUCAGCUCCGGCGUCUCGGAGAGCGAGGAGAGGAUGUCGUACCUCAACACGCUGACUGUACAGGACCGGCUGGCAGAGUCCGGCCUGCCGAUGGAGAUGUUUGGCAACCCGGCGCAGAACCACUCUGCAGACCUCCGGCUGGAGACCGAGCAGGAGGACCAAGAUAGCAAGAGCUGCGGCGCGUUACGCGGUGACUGUGAGGAUCCAGACUCGGAGAAACCCGCCACCAAGCAGCAGAGGACCAGGAGGAAACCCCGCGUCCUCUUCUCCCAGGCUCAGGUGUUUGAGCUGGAGCGGCGCUUCAAGCAGCAGCGUUACCUGUCCGCCCCGGAGAGAGAGCACCUGGCCAGCUCCCUGAAACUCACCUCCACCCAGGUCAAGAUCUGGUUCCAGAACAGGAGGUACAAAUGCAAGAGGCAGCGGCAGGACAAGACUCUGGAGAUGGCAGGUCAUCACCAUCACCACCACCACCCUCCACCGCCGCCCAGGAGGGUGGCAGUGCCGGUGCUGGUCCGGGACGGGAGGCCUUGUCUGACUGGAUCCCAGAACUAUAACACCUCUUACACAGUCGGAGCUCCAAACCCGUACAGCUACAAUGGCUAUCCGGCCUACAGCUACAACAACUCUGUGUACAGUAACACUUACUCUUGUACUUAUUCUAGUUUACCUGCUCUUACGCCCAGCAGCACCGCUGCUAACGCUUUUAUGAACAUGAAUUUGGGAAACCUUGGUGCACAGACGCAAAACCAGGCGCCCCAAGGCCCAGUCGUCACACCGUGCCAAGGAACUCUGCAGGGCAUCCGGGCAUGGUAGCGGUAGUCCUUUACGCACAAACACAGCUGGGAGUGACUUCUCUGGAAUGGAUGAAUCAAGCAUGCAACCUGAUCUACUAAUGCAGCGAAAGCACAAUUUAAAACUCUCCAACACGUGUAGGACAGUUUGCCUAACUCAAGGCAGGCCUAUGAGGAAACCCUAACCCGUUGACUGAGAAACAAACCAUAUGUAUGCGCAUUUUUCUCUGAGCCACAUUGUCUAAAAACGUAUUAAACCUGCUGUUGGAUUGAAUGUUGCCGAUUAAAGACUGUGCGUAAUGUGGCCUAUUGUGGUUCAAAAUGGAUGUAAUGUGCGACAAAAAUAAAGGGAAUUUGUAUGGACAUUUUCAUACAAACACACGUUUCUGUGUUGAAGGUAUAACCCAUUGAAUUAGUAAAUAACAACAUGGACCACAAUUGCUAGAUAAUGCAUUUUUAUAAAGUAUUAUGCUUUGUUUUCUUUUUAAUAGUGUGACCUGUGGCCAGUAGCCUUUGUUUUUACUACUUUAAAACUAACUGGCAGAUUGAAUAGCAGCCUAUAUGAACUGAAUAAAACGGGCGCUUUUGUGUAAAGGGGCUGUUUUUAGUUACAGUAUGGAUGAAAAUGAUCGCUGAUCAUGAAAUUAAAUGAUAUAAAAAAUCUGAAUGACACAAAUGACAGUUCUGUGUGUGUGUGUGUGUGUGUUGGUUUGUUGAAUCACAUACGGGAACCUAAACAAAUACAGUAUACAUUAAUGUAAAAAUGUACGUUUUUAUGCCCAGUGGGACGUUUCUGCCCUUGUUUGGAAGCACGUGUUA